AUGGGAACGUAUACAAACUUCAUGUUCGGUGGAUGUAUGAUAAGAGAAUUUUAUGCUAUUUUGAGAGACACGAUUGCUAAGUACGAUCCAAAAUGUAAACCCUCCACAAAAAAGUUUCCAGUUAAGUACACAAGGAACUCAUUCAUCUCCUUAAGAAAAAAAAAUAAACUUCGUAUGAAGUACCGUAAAUACAAAAAUCCUCUGGACGAACUUGCAUUACUAACACUUAAUAAAAGAUGCGCCGAAUUAAUAGACACCUGUCAUAAAAACUAUGUCGCUGAUCUGGAGGGAGCACUUUCAGAUAACCCAAAGUUAUUCUGGACGUUCAUAAAAAAUAAAACACGUAAUAGCAAUGCUUACCCUUCAUCCAUGACCUUCGGGGAUGACAAAGCAGAUAGUGGUGACGUUGGAAAUGAAUUGCGACAAGAUCGGGAGAUGAUCAGACGUGCAACUCAACAUGUGGCAAUAAGGGUUACAACAUGUCUCCAACAUCGCGGAGGUCAUUUCGAACAGUUUUUAUAA